CAUGCGUCUGACGUGCAUAUAUAUAUGUAUGACGGCGGUGACUGAUUUUUUUUUUUUGCAUACGAAAAUUUCGCUGUGAAAAGUACGAAGCCAAAGUGCGUGAAAUAGCGUAAAGUCGCAAACAGACAAACCAGGCGUUAUUAUUAACUACAUUCUGAACAUAAGCGGCUUGAGUGCAUUGCAAACAACAACAACGUUGAUCGUCGUUACUUUUUUUUUGCAACAAAACGCAACAAAAUUUCGAGUGUUGAUUUUUUUGCGCAUACAUUUACCGAUAUUUUGGUGGCUGCACACACAACACACACACACAAACAAACACACACACAGACAGACAGACAGACCCAUACAAUCAUAUCGACGACAAGAACGAAGCAGUGAAGAAGAGAAACGAAGGAGAAGGAAGACAAAAAAAACAAGCGAAAUCGAAAGCAAAAAAUUUAUUCGAGUCAAAAAUACAAAAAGGAAUUAAAAAAAAGGCGAAGCGUCAACAGUGAGCAAAGGAAUUAAACGGACAGACAGCAGUGACAUAGUUAUUAGCACAACAACAACCUAAAACAAAAAAAGAAAUAUUAACAAUAUGAACAAAACACCACAAUUUGAAGUUCCGCUGACUAUUCAGCCAGAGCAUGAGUUGCGCUUUAUUGGUCCGUUCAAUCGGCCAGUGGUGACAAUUAUGACACUGACAAAUAAUGCGGCAAUGACACUGGUCUUCAAGAUCAAAACAACCGCUCCAAAGCGUUAUUGUGUACGUCCAAAUAUUGGAAAGAUAGCGCCAUAUCGAUCGACGCAGGUGGAAAUUUGUCUUCAGCCCUUUAUGUAUGAUCAGCAGGAAAAGAACAAGCACAAGUUUAUGGUGCAGAGUGUUUUGGCUCCACAGGAUGCCGAUUUGACUGAUUUAAACAAGUUGUGGAAGGAAUUGGAGCCGGAUCAGCUGAUGGACGCGAAGUUGAAGUGUGUGUUUGAAAUGCCCGCCGCUGAGGCGAAUGCGGACAACAACAGUGGAAGCACCGUUAAUGCCGCUGGCGGUGGAGGAGGUGGGGGAAGUGGAGGCGCCACUAAUCCCGUUAAUCUAAGUAUCGUCGAUUCGCUGAAGAGCGAGCCCAAGUCCAUAGAGGAACAGUCCUCGAAUUUGUCCGAUGCUGCGGAGCAUGUGGAAUCCCUCGCAGCUGAGCUUAAGGAGAUUCGUGAUGUCAACAGUGAACUGCGAAAAGAGAAUCUUCACUUGAAGGAUCAAAUCACACGUUAUCGGAGCUCUCCGGCCACCAAGCAAAUCAACGAGUCCUAUACUCCAGUUUUAGCUGAAAAACAGAUUCCGGUAUUCUAUAUAGCAAUCGCAAUAGCUGCGGCUAUAUUGGGUUUAUUGCUGGGCAAAUUUCUGCUCUGAAUGCCAUAACAAAUAACAACAACAACAACCUAAAAAUAAUA